UAGGAACAAGUGGAGAAGAGUUGCUGCUACAAUGUUACUCCUAAUGCUGUCCUGAAAGGAUAAAGACCGCCGCAAUUUGCGAUGUCGCAAAACACUUCAGGCCCGAGCAGGGCUCUGGAGAUCCAAAUACCAUGUAUCGUCUUCCUGAUCGCCACACCAGCCUUUGUGGCAAUUCGGCUGUGGUCCCGGUUCAACUCCAAGUCGGGCAUGGGCUGGGAUGAUUGGACUAUUCUAGUAUCAACCGUGUUCGCAAUUGUUGUGAUGACAUUCAUGCUCGCGUCCUGUACCUACGGGUUUGGACAACACAUCACAAGUCUCACAAGACCUAACCGGCUAAUGACCUUGAAGCUUUUCUUCGUCAGCCAAGCUUUCUAUAAGCUCACCAUGAACACCACCAAAAUGUCUAUACUCAUGCUAUACCUCCGAAUCUUCAUCCAACGUUGGUUCCGCAUUACCUGUUACGUGCUCUUAGUUAUGAUUGCCUCCUAUAUGGUGGCCGCCUUUUUCGCAUCUGUAUUCCAAUGCACGCCCGUGACACGAGCCUGGGACAAAAGUAUUGCAGGGUCAUGUAUUGACAUCACCACCAAUUGGUACGCCAAUGCUGGUUUUUCCAUCGCGACCGACAUCAUUAUAUUGGCGCUGCCGAUGUAUCCGAUCUACAAAUCCAAAACACCGUCGAAACGGAAAAUAGCUCUGAUGAUUGUGUUUGCCCUCGGUGCUUUUGUCGCCGUUACAAGUAUCCUUCGGAUGCAGACUCUCAACUUUUCGUCCACCAGUCCCGACACAACCUACGAUAUUGCCUCCUCGGUAUGGACGAUCACUGAGGAAAACGUCGCGAUAAUUUGUGCCUGCCUACCAAUGAUGUGGGCGCCGCUUGCUAGGCUCUUUCCCUCCUUCUUUUCAACCAGUAAAGCAGCCGAUAGCCAUGUCAGCUUGUCUGUCAGAAGCCCAGGUCAUAAGGACACCUCGCGGUCUCGGACGGACUGGAACCAGCUUUAUGGGAGCUCCCAUGACAUAGGUGACAGCGACAUUAAUCAAAUCAGCGAUUCUCAGAAUCGCUCCUCUGGGGAUAGCAUGGGCCAAAUCCUUCCACCCGCUCAAAGCGGCGGAAAGCGGCAUCAAGGUGCAAAACGUAUUCAAGAGGUCACGGAGUAUCAAGAUUCGUACUCCAGCACAUGAUUGCCUUAAGUUGCAAACAAAAAAGCCUCUAAAUACUCAGUGGUAGUAUCUAGGAAUUGCAGGAGUAUGGGUUCGCGCCAAAUGUUU